AUGGUGGUGUCGGGGCUGCCCGUGCGCAACGGCAAGCUGCACGCCUGCGAGGUGGCCCGCAUGUCCCUGGCCUUGCUCGACGCCGUGCGCACCUUCCGGAUCCGCCACCGGCCCGACCAGCAGCUCAAGCUGCGCGUCGGCAUCCACAGCGGUGCUACUAAGAAUGUACAGGGUCAGGGCCUGGGCCCCGUUGUGGUACCUGCUGCCCAGCACACAAGAAGACGGUUGCCAAGAGGAUCCAAGCCGCGGGCAGCGCCCUUGAUGUGCACGCGUCUGAGACUAGAGCGGUGCAUGGGCAUCGUGACGGCGCUGACCAACGGGGUGUCCGAGAGGGAAGCUAAUGACGCCCUAAAUGCUCACGUGUGCAAAGGCGCCCCUCAGCACGAGGAGAUCUGUCUGGGCCUCUUCACCCUGGUCCUCACGGAGCCCACUCAGGCCCAGAAGAGUUACCGGGACCUGGCCUUGGUGAGCCGCGACGGCAUGAACAUCGUCCUCAGCAAGAUCAACCAGAUUCUCAUGGAGAAGUACUUGAAGCUGCAGGACGUCUGCCGGACGCAGCUGGUGUGGCUGCUGCGGGAGCUGGUGAAGAGCGGCGUGCUCGGGGCGGAUGGCGUCUGCAUGACCUUCAUGAAGCAGAUCGCAGGUGGGGACGUGACGGCGAAGAACAUCUGGCUGGCAGAGAACGUCCUUGAGAUACUGACUGAGCAAAGGUACGGCGCGGCGAGGGCGCAGGCUGGCCUGCCGCGAGGGGAGCAGGAGAGCUCCCUGCAGCCAGUGGCCUUCCCGCCUGCCAGCCGGCCUCCUCAGAACCUGCCCGCGCGGCGAGGGUGUUGUGCAGAGUGA